AGGUACUAUUUAACUCUUUUAACGCGUAAUAGCAGUUAGUUGUUUCGCGUGUCAAUUGUCAAAACGGACUUUACUCAACAAUAUAGAAACAAAUAAGCUUCAACAAAAUGUCGGCUUCACGUAAAAGGACUAAAAGAACCCCUAUAUCAAAUCAAGUCAUUUCGACUUAUGACCUACGUCCCAGAACUAGAUCGGCAUCAAUUAUUAUACCCCCAAAUUCGUCGAAAUCACCUUCUGUACAAAAAAAACAGACUAAAAGAAGAAAUUCACGAAAAAAAAAUGUAUCAAAGAGUAAUUUAAGUAAUUUAAUUAAUUUUAUUUAAAAGAUAACCAAGAAAAUGUAUUGCUAUUAUUUAUUAGAAUGUAGAUAAUACGCAACAAUUACCUAGUGAACGAUUCAUAAUGCCAAGUCCGAAAAGAUUUACUGAUGAUUUUAAUGAAUUGGAUACUGAUGUGGAUUUCUUGAGACUUGAUGAAUUAGAACUUUAUGAAUUAGAAUUAUUUAAAGAUGAAAAUGUUGACGGGACGAGUGAACGUUGUCCGUUUUGUAAUGCUACUUUACCUAUUUUAAUGUCUGAUAGAUUGAAAUCAGCAUCAGAGCUUAUCAAACAAGGGAAGAUUCCAGCGUCAGAAUUCUGUUUUAUUCAUUUUGCAGAGAUAUCAGUCACUUCAGAUGGCGUGGCAAAUAAUUACCCUUCUGUAAUUAAUUUUGAAGAAUUGCCAGAUCGUAUUCAUAAGCUUAAAAAUAAUCUCUUGGAAAUCAUUGAUGGUACUGCUGAUAGUUAUUAUCGUAACUGCGCAUUAAAAUAUUAUAAGAAGAAUGGACGAAAGUCUGCAUCCCCAUUGGGGCUACUUAACCGAUUUGAAGAAUUAAGAGCGGGGUAUUAUGGAACAAAAGGAGCUCUUAUAAUUUCAGAUGUUUUAAUGAAGUUAUUUUUAAAUACUCAUAUUCUUACAUCAGAAAAUACCGCUCCAUUGAAACCAGCAGAUUAUAUGAUGGAAGUUCUUAUUCCUGAAACGGCGAUGAGGUUAAUAUAUGAAGACAUUGGUGGGGAUGGAUCUUUGGAAACUGCACGGAAAAUAUUGGUAUCUAGUAGUAAUUUUGGUGACUGGGUGCACAAUGAUGGUGAUGUGUAAACUCUGAUAGUGAUGUGUGGUGAUGUGUAAACUUAGUUUACUCCUCAUCCACCAUAGUAUGCCAUUUCCUCGAAAUUAUGAUUAGAAUUUUGUUAAUAUAAUUAGAUUCAUGUACAAUAAAACGUGCGUGAAUAGCUUCUAAGUAUCAAAGAAUAAAAUUAAUUAAUGAGGAAAUGGGGAUUUGAUCCUUUCCAAUUUCUAAAUUUUCAAGAAUUAAAUGGUGGAA